AUGGAAAAAAAGUGUUUUGUAUGGGAUGAUACUAUCGAGGGGCUAGCUUUGGCGAGAACAACGAAAGACGAUGACAAGAAAAAAGUUUCGAGGAGAAAAUCAAAAGCCGCGAAGAGCAAAAUAUAUUUUCCUCACAAGCAUUUGCUAUACAAUUUCAAGGAAACCCUCAGUUUUACCGAACAGACGAAAUUCCAAAAGUACUACGAGCGCAAAAAACCAUCGGUCCAAGCAACCAGCGACGAAACCAACGACUGGGAGGAGGACGUGGUCCUGCUGCAAGACGUAAAAAACCUGACGCUGUACUUGAUCGGCUCGCCCGUGAGCCCGGAGCUCACCAAGUACCUGCAAGUCUGCUGCGAGCGCUUCCUGCGGGCUCUCGUCCUCUACUUCCAGCACUACCUGACGACCUGGACGGGGCUGUCGGAGAAGCGCGCGGCAGCGGCGCGCCGCAUACCGAACCCCCUGGCCGGUGGCGCUCGACAACGCCGAGCCGAGGAGAUGAAGGUCCUUCGGUGCGUGCUGGCCUGCGAGUACGCCGAGCUGCUGAUGGGCCGUCAGGAGGAGGCCAAGCCGUACCACCACCUUCGGGCCGGCGAGACGGCGUUCGCUCAGUCGUGCGGCGAGAAGGACCUCAGGGUCUACGAGACGCUGCUCCAGUUCGGCCACAGGCUCGUUUGGAUCGCCCUCGGGCGCAAACAGAAGGAGCUCAUUGAGGUGGAGAUGCACCGUUUGUUCAGGAGCGACGCAUUCAACUCGGCCAAGAGAAGGUGCACCGAGUGCCAAGUGCCGGAGGACGAGCGCUGGAUACUGUACGGUCCGAGACUGCCGGCUCGGCGGAAAAUACUGUCCAAUUCGCCGCUCCCCUAUGAGAUUCUCAACCCAAACUGCGACCAUCGGCUGUUAUCGAUUGGUAAUGGACGGGAUCCUCGCGUGGUUUAUCUUGAAAACGCUCUUCUCGCCAGGGAGCAAGAUUUACCUCGAUUGGGCAUAAAAUUGGGAAUUUUGGGCAUGCCGCGUUCCGACUUUGAUGUCAUGCUGAUACCCCAGGCUAGCGAAGAGGACCACGUGGUCGUCGAUGAAGCUGCUGGUGCUGAUAAAAAGGAAGCCGACGAUUACGAAAGCUUGAUACCUGCCAGUGGUUUGGAUCAAUAA